GCAUCCCCCUUGUACAUGUUGUCAACAAAUACACCACCAACCUCAACUUGAUAUUUAUUAUUUUACCAAGGAGAGGAGGGGAUGAAGGAGAGACAAACUUGUGAUCCAAACACAAGAGCAGGUGUAGGCAUGCACAAGAAUUCACAAAUAAUGUCAAAAGCGAAGCCGAGUAUUCGCAUAAUUCACAUAUACGCACCACAGAUCAUCAAGACAGAUGUUGCAAACUUCCGACAACUGGUGCAAAGACUCACUGGCAAGCCUGCAGUAGUCGAUCAGACGAAGCUGAGGAAAUCAAGAAAUGAUAGUCCAACAAGGGAAUUACAGACGUCCUCAACAGAUUUGUCCAACCAUAAUUAUAAGCCAAUGAUGAUCACCAAGAAAAUGGAGUACGUUAGAGCCAGCUUUGAGAGAAUUAAGGAGGAGGAGGAGGAGGAAGAAGAAGAGAUCAUGUGGGGUACUACUACUGAUCAUCAGAAUUCAGCAGGUGGUGGUGGUGGUGGUGGUUUCUUAGGUGGGUUUGCAGAUUUGGAAUAUGGUUUCAUGCAAGAACUUGGUGGUGGAUUCCCAUUGCUUCCUUUCGAUGCUUCUCACAUGGAUGCCUUUGGAGAGACCACCGAUCAACUCGCCUCUUGUUGAAUAUAUAUAUAUAUAUAUAUAUGUAUAUAUAUAUGGUUCAUCUCCCUCUAAUAUUUUUCUCUUUCUAAUUAAUAUUUAUGGCUUAAUUAUUAUUAAACAUAUGCUUUGAUGAGUACUUUUUUUUUUUUUCCUGCUCCUUUUGCAGAGAAAUUGCCCUCACUUGUGUCUUUUGGAUGGCUUUUAAGUAAUUGAAUGUUCUGUUUGAUUUUA